AUGACGUUUUGAUUUGCGCCAAAAGCAAAAGCCGGGCGGUCAACAAAUCAAAAUUAAAUUUUUCAAUUGUUUACUUUUUAGCAGUAUUUUGUGAAUCAAAUUGUACAAUUUUAUGUGAUUAUUAAAUUCAAUAAAUAUGUCUAAGCGUAAUAGUAACCCAGCUUCGAAUACGUUGUUUAAUUAUUUCACCAAAACACCACCCAGUAACAAAAAAGUAAAACUGAAUGGUGAUGCAGAAACUUCCGCCAAGACUAACUCCCCCGUGAGCAUUAAGGAGAAGAGAAAUGAAAGUAAAAAACGCGAAAGGCAGCCUACCAAAUCUCCAGAUUUGACAAAGAACGACAGUGAGGAUGAAGCACCCAUAUCUGUCAAGAAGAGGAAACGAAUUAGACUUAAUCCUGUGGACUCUGACGAUUCAGAUGUUGAAAAUAAAGUAGAUAACAAAAUUGAGGCACCCAAAGAGAAAGUGUCCCUUGAGAAGAAAUUACAAGAAAGUUUCAAAUAUGAACCAGGAGAUUCACCAAAGGGGAAUAAAACCAACAGAGUUAUACCUAAUGAUACUCAAAUAAAAACUGAACCUCAAGACACCCCAGUGUCAGCAGACGAAGGCAACUGGGUGCACUGCAAACUGGAUUGGCUGAAGCCUGACAAGAUACGAGAUGCACACAAACGCAAGGCAGACCACCCAGACUAUGACCCCUCUACAUUAUAUGUGCCUCCUGAGUUUCUCAAGUCACAGACUCCAGCACAUAAACAAUGGUGGGAGAUGAAAACGUCGCAUUACGACUGUGUGCUGUUCUUCAAAGUCGGCAAGUUUUACGAGCUCUACCAUAUGGAUGCUGCGGUUGGGGUCAAUGAACUCGGCUUUUCUUACAUGAAGGGUGAAUUCGCUCACUCUGGUUUCCCCGAGAGCGCGUACGCGCGUAUGGUGUCCACUUUGGUGUCCAAGGGAUACAAAGUGGCGAGAGUGGAACAGACGGAGACACCCGAUAUGAUGCAGGAGAGGUGCAGAAAGAACGGCUUGACGAGUAAAUACGACAAGGUAGUGCGGCGUGAGAUCUGCCAAGUGAGCCUCCGCGGCGCGCAAGCCCUAGGGCUGCAGGACAGCGGGCCUGCGCAGGCCGCCUCGGAACACAUGCUGGCGAUCGCAGAAGAGGAAAGUAAUGGUCGCAGCACAUACGGCGUUUGCUUCAUAGACACCACGAUAGGGCAGUUCCACAUGGGCCAGUUCACAGACGACAAACACUCGUCCAGGCUACUGACUACACUCGCUCACUAUCCGCCUGCACUGAUAAUCUUUGACCGCAAACACACGAGUCCUCGCACAAGUAAACUGUUAAGCACGCAUUGCCACAACGCUAGGAGAGAGCCUACCAACAUGUGGCCACCGGAGAAGACCCUCAAAUUGUUAGCAGAGAAAUAUUACUGCACCGACGCUGAUGGGGAGUGGCCUGAAGGAUUGCGACACUUUCUACAUGAUGCGGAUGCAUUAGGUCUGACACCUGCCGCUAAUUGUUACCUAGCAGUCAAAGCUCUCGGAGGAUGUGUAUCAUACCUCAAUGACUGUCUUCUAGACAUACAAAUACUAGGCAUGGCACAAUUCGAAGAGUAUUCACCCCCAGACGUUCUAAAUACAACCUUAACACCAGAAGACAAGGACGAAAAUCAGUGGACCGGUGGUAAUACUAUGGUACUUGAUGCUAUAACCUUGAGGAAUUUGAGAAUCGUUCAAGACGAAGGGUGCUUGUAUGAGAGGUUGAAUUUUUGUUCAACGCCUAUGGGGAAAAGAAUGCUUUACCAGUGGGUGUGUUCUCCAAGUUGUAACCUGUCAGUGAUCAAAGAGAGGCAGGAUGCCAUCAAAGAGCUGCUCGAGAACCAAGAGCUUUGCCAGGAUGCUAAGAAUAUACUGACCACUUUGCCGGACUUGGACAGACUAUUGGCCAAAAUACACGCCCUAGGAAAUUUCAAAAAAUCCAGAAACCAUCCGGAUUCGCGAGCUAUAUUCUACGAGGAGAAAAUCUACUCCAAACGGAAAGUCCUCGACUUUAUAUCAGUACUCAACGGUUUCGGUGCGGCGCUGAAACUUGCGGAGUUGUUUAGUUGUACGGAAUCUGAUAUGUUGAAGACAAUAACCCAGUGCAGCCCCGAUGGAAGAUUUCCUGACUAUAGAAGCACCUUGAAAUUCUUUAAGGAAGCCUUCAAUCAGAAAGAAGCCGAAAAAGAAGGUCGUAUACUGCCUGGUGAAGGCGUCGACCAUGAGUAUGACAGCACGCUUCGAACUAUCAAGGAAAUCGAAGACGACUUGAAAGAGUACCUCGAGGAACAAGAGAAAUACUUCAGAUGUAGGCUUCAUUACGUGGGUACUGAUAAGAAGCGGUAUCAGAUUGAAGUUCCCCAGAGCGCGGCGCCCAAAGCUGGAUCAGAGUAUCACUUGGAAGGCGCACGGAAAGGGUUUAAGAAGUUCUCCACCUCCGAGACAAAGGAUCUCCUCGCUAGAAUGAUCGCUGCAGAGGAGCAAAAAACCAACGUGUUGAAGGACUUGAGUCGUCGAAUAUUCGAGAAGUUCUCGGCGGAUCACAACCAGUGGGAGAGCGCUAUAAAAUGUAUAGCGAUGCUGGACAUUUUGCUCUCGUUUGCGGAGUUCGCGCGACAACAAAGCGGUGACGUUUGUUUGCCAGAUGUCACGUAUGAAAAAGGGCAAAAGCCUUAUAUCGAUAUAGUUGAAGGCAGACACCCGUGCAUUCCCAUUGCCAACGACUUCAUACCGAACGACACCCAGCUGGGAAUGGGCAACGCUCGCCUGCUGCUGCUCACUGGCCCCAACAUGGGCGGCAAGUCCACUCUGAUGCGACAAGUGGCACUCCUCACUGUACUGGCGCAUUUGGGCAGCUACGUGCCAGCUCAAGAGUGCCGCCUCAGUCUGGUGGACCGCAUCUUCACCCGCCUGGGCGCGUCGGACGACAUCCUCUCCGGGCAGUCGACCUUCCUCGUAGAGAUGAACGAGACCGCCGCCAUCGUCAGACACGCCUCCGUGCACUCGCUGGUGUUGCUCGAUGAGUUGGGUCGAGGCACAUCGACGUACGACGGCACGGCGAUCGCGUCGGGCGUGUGCGUCGAGCUGGCGGAGAGAGGCUGCCGGGUGGUGUUCUCUACCCACUACCACUCGCUGGUGCACCACCUGGCCGCGCAUCCUGGCGUGCAGUUGGGGCAUAUGGCGUGCAUGGUGGAAACGGACGAAACAACGCCGGACGACGAAGAAAACAUACCCGAGGAGACAAUCACGUUCCUCUACAAACUGUCCCCUGGGGCUUGUCCCAAGUCGUACGGCUUCAACGCGGCCAGACUGGCGGGGAUCCCCCGGGAGAUCACCGCGAGGGCUCACCAAGUGUCCCGGAACUUGGAGAAGGAGGCGACGUGUGUGCGCGCCUUUAGAGACAUACUCAGGAUGAACAGUGCUGUGGAAUUACGCAAAAUGUUGUCCGCUUUGAGUAUUUGAGGUUAUUAGCUCGUGUCACGUAAACAGUCUUUAAUGUAGCGAAAGACAUGACGUCACUGAAGAGAAAAUGGUAUUGCGUUCAUAGACAUUGUAUAAGCGCAAUAAUGUGUGUUGCCAGGUAAAAAAUAUUUAACCGUGUCGUACGGUAUAAGUGACCGGACUGGCGGGGUUUUUUCCGGGAGAUCACAGCGCGCUCACCAAGUGUCCCGGAACUUUAACAAAUCUGGCAACAAAAUCUGAUUUACAAGCCUUCCAGAUCCCACUUCUGAGCACUGUUUCGAGGUGGGUUCUGGAGAGCUUUUAAAUGAGACUUUGUUUAAUAUUGUAACCCUUUAUUGGUAAAGAAUUAGUACAAAGAAAGUACUACUACCUGCGAGGAGAUCUGAUGUUAAAUAUGCUUAAAGAUAUCUCAAUAUAGAAGGAUUCUAUUUUGCGUAAUCUGUAAACGCGAACCUGCGUCAUGACCCACAUUGCAUUAGAAGUAAAAAAUCUUUGGUUCAUUUUCACAAUUGAGGGUAUAUUUUCUAAUAUAUGCUUAAAAUUUAAAAUUUACCUAUAAAAAUCUCAUGAUACGAGUCGGAAGUUGAUAGACAAGCAAAGUUAUAAAUUGAUUGUUUUUGCUCACCUUUUAUCAUACUAUCGCAUUUUUUUUAUAAUUUGUUUGACGAUUAAAAUUAGUGUAUAAUUAAGUAGUAAUUAGUUAAACCUAUAAGAUUUUUUUAAGCAGGCAAGUUUUUCAGUACUCCUUUAUAAGCUGAAAAUGAACGUGCCAUAGUGCCAAGACGAGAUUAUUAAAUGAAAAAACAAAGUAUAAAAUUAUGCUGAUUAUUACAAACGUUAAGUUACUAAUUAUUUAGUCUACAAACCCACCAAUUCGUUACCUGCCUUAAUUGUUUUUGAAAUAUUUGUUGUUAAGAAUAAAAUUCAUUGUUGUUACUCUAGCCUUAUACUAUACUAAGUGAUUUUAAACAAUUAUAAUAUGUUUAUCUAGACAGGACGUCCAAAAAGUUCGAUUUUUAUUACUUUUCGAUUUGAUUGAGAAAAGUCCUUAACAGGUUAACAUUACAUGCUGUGAUUAUACAAUUUAAUUGAAUGUGAAUGUUGCCUCAAUUUUUUUUAAAUAAAUAUUUUACAAAAUUA